AUGAGAGGUACAAAAACAUUUGUUGCAGUAAAUAGUCAAGAUGAAGAUAUAACACAAUUAAUUGAAUUCCAACCAAUUGAAGGUGACACAGAAGAAGAAAAUAUUAAUGAAGAAGAAAUAAAAACAACAACAAAUUUAAUUAAUUCUUCACCAGAAUUACAACAAUUACUAGAAGACAAUAACAAUAAUCAACAAAAAUUAAAAAGACAACAAAAUUCUCUUCCAAAUAUUGGGACUUCAAUUAGGUAUUUUAUCCAAAUUCAUCGCCGAACAUGUAUUAGAUUUAGUGAAUUAGAUUAUAAACCUUGGUAUCAUGCAGAACGUUGGGCAGAAGGAAAACCUUAUAUUGUUAUUAGAAAAAGCAAAAAAUUUUCUGGUUAUUCUGAUAAUAAUAUUGAAGAUGUAAAUAGACGGUCUUUAAUUUAUUUAUCAGAACAGUCAUUGAAUAGUCAAAAUGUUAAUAAUUCUAGAGGAAUGGUAAUGGAACAAUUAUUAAAAUUUAUGGGUAUUUUUUUAAUAAAAUUAAUUUUCUUUUUUAAUUUAAAAAAAGGCUAUAGAGAAGAAUUUCUUAGACCAGAUGCCCCUUCAUAUAUUCAAUUAAUUACUGAUAAUAAUUCAAAAAAUACACAACAAUUACUUAAAAAUUCACCAAAAUUUUCAAAUGAACAAUUAAUGUAUUUAAUUAAAAAGAAAAUAAUUUUUUUAAAAUUAUAUUUAAGGUGGCCCUUUGAUCCAGAAUCAAUAACAAUUCCUUCAACAGCUAGAGAAUGGUUUCAAUUAACAAUUUACUGUCAGGCAAGAAGAAAUUCUGAUAUUGGGGCUGGGCAAAGGGCUGGGUUAUUAACUAGAUGGGAUGCUGUAAAACUUAAUUCAAUGUAUUGCCCACAGGCUGUUGGGUAUGCUGAUCCAAGGAUGGGACCUUGUGUUGUACCCAGAAAACCAAAAAUUUAA